UUGUGAGAUUUUUCCGCCCAGAGCCAUUUGGAGGUCGGUUCGGUAUAAAACGAUUGCAACCGCAUCUUGCCGGGUUUAAUACGCGCUCGCGAAGCUCCGGAGAAAGAAGUGACCGAAAUUAAGCUGAGCAUUUGUGAUUAUCAUUUUAGUCUAGGGUGCUAAACGAAGAAAUUUAGUGCAACGUUUGAAAGCCGAUCAGUGAUCCUGUUGUGUAACCCUCUGUUUAUCAGACGAAGGCGGCUCCCCAGAAAGCAAUGAGUUUCAUCAGCACAUCAUGCAAUUUGGCACGUCUCGCCGGUCGUCAGCUGAGAGCCGGCGGCACGGGACUCCUCCAAAGCCGAGCCAGCAGCUCGGUUGAACCGUCGAAGGAGGCACCCCCAAAGAGUCCGGCGGCGGCUUCCGGUUCUGCGGCCAACAUUGGGGCGCGCACGCACGCCCCCAACAACUUUGAGAAGCGACUGCUGGUGUUUACGAAAAAGUACAAAUCCACCGACGAUAUUCCGCCGCUGAUCAACCAGGACGUGAUGGAGCGGUGCCGCAACCAGGUGCGCAUCAAGAUCGCCAACUACAUGAUGCUGGCGACCGCGAUCGGGUGUGUCAUUAUGAUCAUGAGCGGCAAGCGCGCCCAGGAGCGCGGCGAAACGGUACAGAAGAUGAACCUGGACUGGCACAAGGAGUACAACGAGAAGGCGAAGCAGGAGGACGCGGCCGCGGCGGCUUCCGCGAAGAAUUAGGGGUUGUGUUUUUUCGAGUUUUGUUUUUGUGGCCAUUGUUUUGAGGAUGGCUUUAAUUGAUCACUUGAAACGUGAAAUUCUCACAGCUCGUCGCUGCGCGAGCAGCGAAGCCAACGGCUGUUGAAACGAAACGGAAGAGUAAUAGAUAUUGAUGAUAUUUUAGCUGUUUGUGUCGAACUCAAAAUAUAUAUUCUUAAAUUUAUGAAA